AGGGGGUCACCGUGGACCAGUUCCUCAAAGGCGUCGGGCGGCAGCUGUCUCAGCUGCUGCCCGGCAACAACGAUGUGGAGACGGGGGUGCGCGACCAGCAGCAGACGAUGGAGAUCAUCAAGAAGCCCAAGGUGGAGAAGGUGCGCAUGCUGGAGCGCUUCACCGCCGCGGAACCGGCUCCGGGGACCCUCUACCUCACCGCCACCCACCUCAUCUUCGUCGACCCGCGCAACAAGAAGGAGACUUGGAUCUCGCACAUGCACGUGGGCUCCGUGGAGAAGCUGCCGCUGACGCCGGGCGGCUCGCCGCUGCUCGUGCGCUGCAAGAACUUCCGCUCGGCCACGUUCGUGUUUCAGCGCGAGCCCGACUGUCACGACAUCUUCACGUCGCUGCAGCAGCUGUCGCAGCCAGUGGAACUGGAAGACCUGUACUGCUUCCACUUCACGCCGCGCAGCACGGAGCUGCGCCAGCCCGACGGCUGGGACACGUACGACCUCAGCGACGAAUUCAGGCGGAUGGGCGUACCAAACGACGUAUGGGCGCUGACGGACAUGAACGCUGCAUACGAGGUGUGCGACACGUACCCGUCGCUGCUCUGCGUGCCGGCCGCCGCCAGCACGGCCGUCCUGCUCGGCUGCUCGCGCUUCCGAAGCAAGGGCCGCCUGCCGGUGCUCAGCUACCUACACUCGAAUCAGGCCAGCAUCUGUCGGUGCAGUCAGCCGCUGUCCGGCUUCAAGGCGCGCUGUCUGGAGGAUGAGCAAAUGCUGGAGCUGCUACGCGGCACCAACCCGUCAGAGAAGCUGAUGUAUGUCGUGGAUACGCGGCCCAAGAUCAACGCUAUGGCAAAUAGAGCGUCAGGGAAAGGCUACGAAAACGAGAACUUCUACCAGAAUAUCAAGUUCUACUUCUUCGGCAUCGAAAAUAUUCAUGUUAUGCGAAAUAGCUUAAAUAAACUGGUGGAAACCUGCGAGAGCAAGACGUCGGCCAUGUCGACGUUCCUGUCGGGCCUGGAGUCGAGCGGCUGGCUGCGGCACGUGCGCUCGACGCUGGAGGCGGCGCAGUUCGUGGCCGCCUCGGUGGAACAGGGCGUGACGGUGCUGGUGCACUGCAGCGACGGCUGGGACCGCACCUCGCAGACGUGCGCGCUCGCCGAGCUGCUGCUCGACCCCUACUACCGCACCAUCCACGGCUUCCAGGCUCUGAUCGAGAAGUGCUGGCUGGCGCACGGUCACAAGUUCACGGACCGCUGCGGCUUCAUCCAGCAGGACCCCAAGGAGAUCUCUCCCAUCUUCACGCAGUUCAUCGAUGCGGUGUGGCAGCUGAGCCAGCUGCAGCCCCAGGCGUUCCAGUUCAACGAACGGUACCUGCUUACCCUGCACGACCACGUGUUCUCGUGCCAGUUCGGGACGUUCAUCGGCAACUGUCACAAGGACCGGCAGGACCUGCGGCUGUCGGAGCGCACGUACUCACUGUGGGGCCUCACGGCACAGCACCUCAGCGAGUACACCAACGCGCUGUUCGACCCCACGCGCUUCCCGGGCGCGCUGAAGGUCGGCCUGCCGCCCCAGGUUGUCCGGUUCUGGCGCGGUAUGUACUCCCGCUUCGAGUUCGGCGUGCAUCCACGCGAGUGCCUGCUGGAGGUGGCCAACUACCUGUCGGACCACAACCAGUCGAUGCGGGACCAUAUCCGCCUGCUCGAAAAGCGGAUAGGCCAGCUGGAGAGUCGACUGAACAACGCCGAUCCGGAGAGUGGCGAGAGCGCCGACGGCGCCGCCACUGCUGACAAGCUGGCCGAUCGGCGCCACAUCAACGACCAGGUGAACGCCAAUCUCCAGCUGCCGCCGCUCAGCGUCGAUCAGCUGACUCGGGAGCUGGACUCGGUGGCCGUCGACUGGGUCUCGCCGCGGGGUGUACGCGAGUGCAGCUGCACCACCUCAUUCGACCACUUCAGCAAGAAGUUCCACUGCUGGCGGUGCGGCGACAUCUUCUGCCAGCGCUGCCUGGACCGGUGGCAGCGGCUGCCGGGCCACCUGCAGGGCUCGCCGGCGCCCGUCUGUCGGCCCUGCUACAGGCUGCUCACCAACUCCCAGUCGGUCGACUCGCAGACCGCCUGAGAACACGACUUCAACCCCUGGCGACAGCGCGUCGGCGGCGCCGCGCCCCGGCUCCGCAUCCGGCCCGGCGCCACCCUCGACCCCUACUACCGUCCGCGCGGCGGCGACGCCUGGUGACGAGCGGGAGGCGGCGGCGGUCGCGACGCGGCGUGUCCGACCCGGCGCCACCCUCGACCCCUACUACCGUCCGCCGGGCGGCGACGCCUGGUGCCGAGCGGGAGGCGGCGGCGGUCGCGACGCGGCGCGUCCGACCGGCGCCUGUAGCCGCGUCGACCCGUUGGACACACUUCCGAGAUCGUGGCAGGUUUCGUCGGAGUGGUGGCUGCUCUCCCGGCACUCUUUGUGGCGUGCUCUGGCGCAAGGUUAAAUCACAGGCUUACGCUUUGGACCGGACAAUCAGGCUACCUGCACCUCGUCGUAAAAAAUCAUGCGCACCAAAAUUUGAAAAUCAGGGCGCCGUAACCGCGGCGCGGCGGCGUCUGGACCCGCCUGCCCCGCCCGCGCAACACUGGUGCUUCGCUGACGUGUCCCGGCUGCCGAGAGAGCUGGCGGGCGACAGCCGGGCGGCGCGGGAUGGUGUGGGGUCGUGCACGGUCGCCCGCCGGCGCCGGUCAGGGGUUGUGAAGGCCGUCUGCGGGUCGUGGGGGAGUCAGAAGGUGCAGCAGCGCAGC